CGUGAUCAGCAACGGUGAAGAAAGGUUGUAAAAGCAACAGAUGCCAUCGUCAACAUAAACAUGGCCCUCCUUGUCUGUGGGCCAACCCAGCGUGACGGGCAGUAUUCAUACCGUACCGCAGAGGGAGAGAUGUGCGGGUGAACGGUCGACGUCACAGCCACAGGCAGCAGAAGGAUGGGCGAGAGUUGUGUGUACCUUGCCGCUGCUUCAUGGCAAUAGAGAGAUGGCGUCCGCAUCCCGAUGAAUAAGCAAAAAAAGAAGAGGAAACGGGAUGAUGCUGGACCCUACUACGCCUAGAGGGGAAACCGUUCAAUUCAACACAUCAGCUAUGGAGGGAUUCAUCUCUCUUUCACAAUCAUUUCGCUCCGGGGAUGUUAACGCCCUUUUCAUGCGUUUUUAAACUCCUCGGUUGAUUCCUUCCCACGAAAGGAGGUGAGGAGUUUGCUGUCCGGUAGGCUACAUCUGUUUUCUUCCUCCGCUUCUCUGCCCAUCUGACGCAGGGGCGAGGAGGAGAGGAGAGAAGGGGAAGAGAGGAGAGGGAGGGCGAUGGCUGCUGGAGGAGGAUGCGGGGACACGGUGGAGCAGUGCCGGGCAGAGGUGGAGCGUUUGACCCGUGAGCUAGCGGAGGCGAACCGGGAGAAGAUCCGGGCUGCGGAGUGCGGUCUGGUGGUUCUGGAGGAGAACCAGACCCUGAAGCAGCAAUAUUCGGAUCUAGAGGCCGAGCAAGAGGCGCUCCGACAGGAGCUGGAGCAGCUACAAGAGGCGUUUGGCCAGACCUUCUCCACCCAGCGCAAGGUGGCUGCGGACGGGGAGACCAACGAAGAGACCCUCCUACAGGAGUCAGCCACUAAGGAGGCGUAUUACAUGAGUCGCCUGCUGGGGAUCCAGUCAGAGCUCAAACAGAGCCGGGCCGUCACAGUCAACACACAGGCCGACAACGAACACCUCAGUACCCUGCUGCAGGAGCUCAGAGAGAGUAAUGAGAUGUUGGAGCUGCAGCGGAGCCGGAUGAGAGAGGAGAUCAGGGAAUAUAAGUUCAGAGAGGCGCGACUCCUACAGGACUACACUGAGCUGGAGGAGGAGAACAUCACCCUGCAGAAACUAGUGUCCACUCUCAAACAGAAUCAGGUGGAGUACGAGGGGUUAAAGCAUGAGAUCAAGGUUCUGGAGGAGGAGACCGAGCUGCUGAACAGUCAGUUAGAAGACGCCUUACGUCUCAAAGACAUCUCCGAGGCCCAGCUAGAGGAGGCCCUGGACUCCCUGAAGAGCGAGCGGGAGCAGAAGAAGCACCUCCGCAAGGAGCUGGUCCACCACCUCAGCCUGUGUGAUGUCCAAUACACGGGCAGCGCCCACCUCACUUUCACCUCAGCUCCACCUAGUGGCACGGCUACGCCUGUCUCCGCCCUGUCGCCCAGCUCAGAGGAGCCGGGCAGGUGUAACGGGCAUCUACAUGGAGGGUCAGGAACUGGGACGGGGACAGGGUCACUGCCCAGGGCCAAUGGAGAGUGUCGGGGAGCGGGGAGGAAAGGAGAGGGGAUGGUGUCGGAUCUGUUCAGUGAGAUGAACCUGACAGAGAUACAGAAGCUCAAGCAGCAGCUGCUACAGGUGGAGCGAGAGAAAACAGCGCUGUUGAUCAGCCUGCAAGAGUGUCAGACGCAGCUGCAGCAUACACAGGGUGCCCUGAACGAGCAGCACGAAAGGGCCCAACGCCUCAGCGAGAGAGUCACCGCCCUCAGGCGCCUGCACCAGGAGGCCCAGCUCGCCCAGGAGACACACCUCAACCGAGAGGCCCUGAUGGAGCAAGGAGAAGAGGAAGAGGAGGAGAAAGAGAAGGGAUUAAUACACAGCAGGGGCCAGGCAUUCUGCCACCAGACCCCGGGUCUGGAGAUCCUCCAGUGUAAAUACAGGGUGGCUGUAACCGAGGUGGUCGAGCUAAAGGCUGAGCUGAAGUCUCUGAGAGAGAGGUACAACCAGUCUGUGGAGGGCGGAGUGGAGGAGAGGACCCGCGGAGAGGCCCAGCACAGAUCACUGGAGCAGCAGGUGGGGAGGCUGGAGAGGAGCUGCCGGGAAGGUAGGGACAAGGUAGGGGGCCUGGAGACGGAGCUGAGAACAGCCAAGAACAUGGCCAGCGAGAGCCAGGGGGCACUCAAUGCAGCACAGGACGAACUGGUCACCUUCAGCGAGGAGCUGGCUCAACUUUACCACCACGUCUGCCUCUGUAACAACGAGACGCCCAACCGGGUGAUGCUAGACUACUACAGACACGGCAGAGGACUAAGGGGUAUCAGUGCCUCGCUCAAGGGUGACGACACCCGCGUUCUACUCACGCCCCGCCUCGCCCGGCGGCUCGCAGCCGUUGCCGCAGCAACCUCAUCGUCCACGGCGGAGUCUCGUAGCCCCUCGGAUUCUCCAUCCAAAGAGCGGUUGUCAGGAGAGGGAGGCCGGGACGGGGGGAGGGACAGGGACAGUCCUGUACCCCGCACCCCUCCUACGGGCUCCCCCAGCAUCAGUGCCUCUUCCUCAUCUUCAUCAUCAUCAUCGCCUGCGGUAGAGCCAGCUGGAGACCUGCGUAGGGAACCCAUGAACAUCUAUAACCUCAACGCCAUCAUCAGAGAGCAGGUGAGGCACCUCCAGAGGGCAGUGGACCGGUCACUCCAGCUGUCCAGACAGAGGGCUGCAGCCAGGGAACUGGCCCCACUGUUUGACAAGGACAAAGAGGCCUGUAUGGAGGAGAUACUGAAGCUCAAGUCCCUGCUCAGCACCAAGAGAGAACAGAUAGCUACCCUCAGACUGGUGCUCAAAGCGAACAAACAGACUGCAGAGAAUGCCCUGGCCAACCUGAAGAGUAAGUAUGAGAAUGAGAAGCACAUGGUGACAGACACCAUGAUGAAGCUGAGGAACGAACUGAAGGCCCUGAAGGAGGAUGCUGCCACCUUCUCAUCGCUCAGAGCCAUGUUCGCUACCAGGUGUGACGAGUAUGUGACUCAGCUGGAUGAGAUGCAGAGGCAGCUGGCUGCGGCGGAGGACGAGAAGAAGACGCUCAACUCCCUCCUGCGGAUGGCCAUCCAGCAGAAACUUGCCCUGACCCAGCGUCUGGAGGACCUAGCCUUCGACCAGGAGCAGUCGCACUGCACCCGCAGCGGCAAGGUGGCCCGCAUGAAGAGAAGCACCCCCAAAGUAAGUCCUGGUCCUCCCUCCAGCCCCACCACCGGCACUGGCACCCCUUUAAGCCUGACCUCUGCUACUACAGAUGCCACAGCCCUAGCUCUGAGCUCCCCUACGACACAUCAUAGACACCCCCUCAGCCCCUCCUCCACGGCCCCCUCAGGCCCCACAAUACCAGGCAGUCCCCCCUCCCUGGAGGCACCCUCCUCCUCCUGGACCCCCCCAUCCACCCCCCACAGGCAGGCUCACUCCCAGUGGGCACUGGGUGUCCGGACGUUAGAGGUCGACUCCCAUAGUUUUAGUUUAGAACGUGGCAGUACUGGGCUCUCCAGGCAUUACUCCUCAGACACACGGCCGUCUCCUGGCAGGGGUGCUCAGCCUGGCUCGGCCCCCUCCUCCCCCUACCGUUCUCCCAUUCUGGGGUCUCGCCGGUUGACAUGGAGCUCCCCUCGAACUCGCCCCCUUAGCAACCUGACGCGUACCUCAGCCCUUUACACCCCUACUAGUUCCUAUACCCCUUCUAGUUCCUACACCCCUUCCUCCCCUUAUACCCCCUCCAGUUCCUAUACCCCUUCAUCUGCUCAUUACUCUCCUUCAUCAUAUAUCCCAUCCUCUUCAUACACCCCCCACACUUCAUAUAGCCACACCAGCAGCUACAGUCCACUAUACCCUAGGUACUACGGUUCCCAUCGGCCCCCUCACUGACACUAAACUACAGUUCCCAUAAACCUCCUCACUGACAACACUACAAAUCCAAUGAGUCUCCUCUCUAAACAGAACUACAGAUUCCAUUGGCCCCUUCCCAGACACUAAACUACAAUUCCCAUCAACCUCACUGACACUACUACAAAUCCCAUCCGCCUCUUUAAUGACGCUAAAUUACAUUUCCCAUCAGCCCCUGGGGGAGUGGGUGGGGCUCACAGAGAGGAGGACAGACUGGUUUUCUGUUUCUUGUGCCUAAGCCUCUGGUGUCGAUGCAGCAUCUGGAUGAGGCUCUGUAUCGGCGUGAAUGUUCAGACUGAAUUUCCUCAGGGAUUUAACACAACAUGGAGCACAAGUGGCCCUGCCUUCCUCUUAUUCACAGACUGUUGAUCGGUCUAAACUACAGGAGAGACAGAACACUUUUCAGACUAUACAUCAGUAGUUUUGGUCUUGCCCUUUAAAUCAAAUCACCAUCCACACAAGCAAGUGAAUAUGAGUGCAGGACCUUACCGCUGUUUGGAAAGACAGAUGAGAAGGACAUUUAAAGGAAUUUGUUCAAAUGUUGGACUGAGGUCUCCACAGAUCAACCACUUGACAGUGUUAUUCUCUCUCUGUUUUUAAUGAAAAUCACACAGAUACUGUAACCAAAUGUCAUUCAAAGCAAGUACUGGAUAAGACAGGUCAAUGAUUAUGGAUUGUUUGCUAUUUUUAAUUGUUCAGUUAUUACUCACAGCUCUGUAACACUGUCCUCACAAUGUUAUUGCAAUCAUCCUCACAUCUGCUCUGUAAACCUGGCACAUAUUUAGAGUCUAGCACCACCCAAUGGCAGUUUGUAAUAUCACUAUAUAUAUUCAGGACUUAGACUGAAGACUUCCGUCAAGGUUCAAUAUCAUAUUAAACCUGUAACAUAAAUGACCUGGAAUCAGCACACCAUGAUGGUUUGAAUGAUAGCAUUAUGAGACAGAGCGAGAUGGGUGAUUCUGGGUUUCAUAUCAGUAGGCGAGACAGACAGUAAGCUGUGGCUACGUAGCACCCCUAGUGCCUCGGAGGGUAACUCCAGAGGAACACAUAGAUGGAUGAAUGUAAUUAAUAGAUAGAAAACUCAGGAAGCUGACACACACACUUUUCAACUGGGGUUCGACAAGGACGUAUUGUUAACCAGAAUUAUCAUUACACUGUUAUAGAAAUAUAGACAAAUUUGAAUGACAUUUAGGCUAUGGGUUAGUUAGUGUAGAGCUACUGUAUGAUGCAUAGAUGGGAUUCCACAGUUUCUGCACACACGAUAGUGUGUCACCUGUGUAUGUGUGUGCCUUAACAACUACAGCACCUGAUCAGUGCAACGACAAUGACUGAUCAGACAUCAUUUCUAUCAGCUCACUGCUUUUCUUUAACAACCCUUCUUUUCAUGCCAACAACAACAGUUUUCACAUGUUUUUUUGGGCCCUAUCCAAUAGGUUAGAAUGGACAAUAACAAAGCCUUGCCAAAUUAUCAGCGUAAGUGUCUCUAAACAGUGCUCUUGAUGAGGGAUACACUGCUACUGGGUGUUGGCCAGUGAGUAGGCUUUGCCAACUUUGGCCCAAUCCAUGCACAGUUUGGUUUUGACGGGAAGAACUAAGGGGACGUGGCUGACGCGCAAACCAAUAUUUCAUUUUUGAAUUGGUUAAAACUAGGUUAAGGUUAUGAGUUUGGUUAAGGUAAGGGUCAGUUAUAGAUUUUGGCUAGUUGUGCUGUCAAUGGGAUGCUGGUCAGAAAAGUCUCCUUCGUCUCUCCCUGUUUUGACUCCCCUCUCUAGUAUUGGCCCAGUCCAGUCUCCCCCUCCGCCACCAGUCCCAAGUUUGGAGCCCAGAGUACCACAACAACUCUGUGUCUAUUCUCUAACAAUCCCAGUCUCCAUUGGUUCAAGUGAUCUACAUGUUGUUAUAACAGGCAAUAUGGAGCAACAAAAAAAAACGCAUUUGACAGGACUCCUCUUAGCUACUUUGUUGACAACGUUUGGUGAACAUUUACAUUUGUUCCAUAACAGAAAUACUGACUGUUCUUGCACUCAUUUGUUGGGCUGAUUGAAUGUUUUUUUUCUUCCAAUAGUAAGCCAAUGGUGACUGUACAGAAACACAAUGAACACUGUAGAUUUGGCGUGGGAACCACCUCAGUGACCUUCAUGUUUCUAUACAUGGAGUUAGUAUUACUCUGUUUCAUUCAUUACCCUUCAUCACGUUGGCACCAUCUACCUGCCUUGGCACAACACUGUACACCUGUUACUUUGAGCAGAACACCUUUGUAGUUGUAGUAUAGUGUGUGUUACAAUAUGGAACAUUUCCAUUGUAGGGUAAAUUAGCUGGAUAUAGAUCUUUUCUGCAACAAGGGAAUGAAAAGUGAAGGAUUGUCAAAGAUCAAAUAGAUGCUAGGGGUCGCUGUCUUCGCUUCUCAAGAAAGGAAACCAGUGUGACCUCCUCUCUGUGAAACCCUCCUCGUUCCGCCCAACUCGCACUCUCCAAUACACACACACACACACACACCAAACUCAUUCCAAUUUUCGGUCCCGCUACAUCAAAGUUCAUGCAAGAGGCUCUUAAUCCUGUCAAAUGCGUUGUUCCCCUUUCAGAUGUAUUUGUGUCCCACCAGAUCUAUUGGCCUGUGAUUUCUCCCUCUAUGUGAAUACAGUGAAUGCCAUUUUCCUCCUCUGCUCUGUUUCAGGAGUCUUUCAUAAUGUGAAACAUUGCCAAUCCCUGUGCUAACGCCAUAUCCAUUUUCAGGCAGACUGUUAAUAGUUACCAUUCAUUGUCAGCCAGUUAGCUUUUGAGCACUUUCUAUGCAUGUGUAUAUAACACAGAGUAUUGGAAAGCUGUAUCCUGUGUACAGUGCUAUGUUCAUACUCUUCGUAUAUAUACUGUAAAUAUCAUGUAUAAAUCACCCGUAUUUUGUGUGUCGUCGUCUUUUCUGUUUUGAGUGGCCUUGAACAUCUCUCUCAUGUGUUCUCCUCUCAUGGGUUAGGGAGGAAUGCUUUACACAGCCUGCUCAGUUAUUGCACAAGCACACGGGUUCAUCAUAGCAUACUGUAAGCGUACAUUCCGUGGAACAGACAAUAUCAAAUACAUGAGUUUUUUGGCAUUUGAGAAUAUUUAAGAAUUGGAACAUUCUUGCAGAACUGUUGAAUGUGCUUCUUGAAAAUGCUGAUAUUGGGGUGAUUUUCUUUGGUAAGUAGUCUGUAUUUUUCCCUUCCUGGAUAUGAUCAUCUGUGAUGUCCCCUACUCCCCAUUCCUGUCACCUCUCUCCAGUACUGUCUCUCCAUCUAAUCUGUCAGUCUCUCAUAGAUCGUCAGGAGUCUGCUGCCACAGUGCCGCCAGUCUCCUCACAGCUAAGGUGGGAGAAGGCCUCCCAAGCCAGCAGGUAAACAAAUUAGACCAGUACAGGCUAAAACUAGCCUGAAUCCCAGUCUGUUUGUGCUAUCAUGCUAACUCCUCACUCAUUAUCAUGCCACAAAGAAACAAUGAGUUGGCAAGAGCACAAACAGAUCUAGGACCAGGCUAAAACUUUACAUGGGACUGAAACGUUGCAUGUGUUUACAGUUUAAGUACAUUUCCCCAUGUAAUUUUGCUUGUACAGUAUAGCCAGGGUACAGCAUCAGGAAUUCCCCCCCGUGUGUUUUGUGUGUGAGUUUUUUUAUGCCUUGACCUAACAUGAACUACCAUUGUAAAUUACCACUGAUACCUCCUUUUGUCUGUGAGUAAUCGAGGUGAUGUCUGAGAUCUUUGUCAGGUACCGUGUAUCUCCUGUUAUCUCCUCUCCUCUUCCUCUUGUCUUCUGGUUGUCUCUGGUCAUGCUCCUCCCAGACGUAGCAUUGUGUCAGUUAUCCAGGAGCACCGAGCUCACUGCCCGCUGAGCAGCUACCGCAGCGGCCCCCCACGAGUGCCUCUCCUUUGGCUCGCCCAGCCGCCUUGUCCCCCUGGUCCUCUAUAACCCUGGAACUACUACACCCUGACCUCCAACCACAUCACAGCACUCUGCAGGGCAGAGCCAGAGCAGUGCCUCUCGCUGUGGAAGAGAAGGACGACGCUCACAAAGACUUUUAAGAGACUGUCUGACUGAGGAUUUGUGGGAGAAAAGAGCGACAUGCCGCCAUCUUUGCUACCAAGCUAGCUAUUAGUCAUUGUUCAUCAUGUCUUUGUCUAUGGUGUUUUGGGGGUUGUUGAAACAUACUUUUAUGUUACGACCAGUGAUGAUUAUUUUGUUUGGGUUCAAGAGGUGGACAACUGUUGGGUUUUGCUGAAUGUAGCUGUACAAUCAUUAACGGUACCAUACAGUUUGUCGCGAACGCCAAGGUGGCAGUGGACAAAGCCAUAACUGUGUAUUUGAAAUGCAUGUAAAAAAGAAAAGAAAGAAGUAUUAGCUUUCACAAACACAGAUUGUUUAAGUCAUUUUCAUCGAUUGUCCCCACCCCUCACCAAGAUCGUAGUUUUUUAUAUUCUAUGGAAUUGCUUUCAAACGCACUUUGCUCACGCACCCUACGUUAUAUGAAUAUGUUUCUAUUGCACUUUUAAUGUGUUUUACAGGAUAAGAGAUUUACAAACAUUGUAAAGGCUGACAGUGUUUGUACCAUCAUCGUCCUUCCUUGCUUCUACAGUAUCUAUGUUGAAGCAUCAUCUACGUCCCAAAUGACACCACAUUCGCCAAAGUAGUGCACUACAUAGGGCAUAGGGUGCCAUUCGGGACGUACUUUUCGUCUCUCUCUCUGAAGGCCUCAAUCAACCUGAAUGUCAAGCACAAACUGACCAAUGCAUUCCAAUACUAGUUGUGAUCGACUGUUUACCCCCACUGGGUUAAAUAAUGAUGUUGAAAGUAGAUCUCUAUCCAAGAUUGCCUUUUGUUUUCUACAUCCUGUGUAUGGAAGUAACCAUGCUGGAUUGGCGUGUAGAUAGCUUUCGCUAUAGAAUAGUAGUACUAGUAGCACUGUAGUUGUAGUAAUAGUAGAGGUAGUUGGCAGUUUAUGCUGUACUGUAUUCAACCAUGAUGCUAUGUAUCCUAACCUAGAAAUACCAAUUUGGAGCUUUUCUCAAACCACCACCCAGCAACUUUUAACCAUCUAUAUCAAACGUCCACUCAGUCACAGCUCAUAAGCGUGGCAAAAUGGGAUGAAUUCACACACCUCAGCCUGGCUUUAGACAGAAGAUUCUGUUUCUAAAGGAUCUCUGACCAGAACUGUGGUUGCUAAGUGCAGUUGGGUUUCAAAAACAUUGGGUUUUGACAUGCUUUUGUGUUAUUCUGGUGAAUGCUGUCUGCUCCAUUCCUUACUAGGCUUCUCAGACAUCACGUGAAGUAGAUGAAGGAGAAGGAAGGGGUUUUGUGUAACCAGCCGGAGACUGUAUUAACCCACAGAGCUAAAAACCCAACGCAUUCGUUUGGGAGAGCAAACUUGCUUUUGGAGCCCAAUGGCUUUAAACUUAUCAGAUGGUUCAAAUACCAUUGAAGGUAUACAUAGGCCAACUGGAAAUACAGUAAGCUAUGAAGAAAAUGAUUCAUGUUACUAGCUACCUUUUUCUGGACCUGGAGUGUAUAAGUACUCAGGGCACAAAGAUGAAACUCUGAAUGUGUGUCCCAUAAUAAAGAUGAACGGACUGGCUUGCACAAUUUCAACACUACUCGACAACUCAAUAAAAACCAUUAGACAUUCAGACAGCAAUAUAUAAAUGUAUGGUAUCUUUCAAAUCAUUUUUAUUGCAUAUUUAACCAUGUAAAGGCUACAUUUCAAAACACAAUAAAUCCCCCCCUAAUCUUAUAGGGGACUGC